AUAUAAAGCAUUUAAAAAGAUGACAUUGAAUUACUUUUAUCCAUUAAUAAUUUCAUCCCGAGUCUAGAGUUUAUAAAAACAGAAACAUAUUUUAUCGCAAAUUUAUUUUGGAUUAAGAAUUUAUCCGGAGUGAAUUCCACAAUGGAUAAGAGAAGAGCCCCGCCCCUCGCUGCAAUCUAUAAUUUAAGGCGUUCAUGCACGAUGCCUUUUUGCAGAGUCACGGGUAAAAGCCAUUCUAUGGACGAUCAUCAUUAUGUACCCUGUUUAGAUGAUUUUCCUAAGUUCGAACGAUCAUCCGGAUGCCGAAUAACUGAGAAAAAUCAAUAUUUUAAAGACUAUAAAUUUGCCUAUCCUAUCAUAGAUUUAGACGGCACAGCUCGAAUGGUGACUGAACAUGAUUUUCACUGCCGCAUUACAUCGAAAUACCGAGCCAUGGCGGGACACAAGUAUAUUUAUCCGGUUCUCGGAGCCACGACUGAUAAAACUGUUAAAGAUAUGGUGUCAGUAGUAGAGGAAGAAAGCAUGCGAGAUGUGUUGAUACCUACAGAAAUCGAGAUGAUUGUGAAAGGAGGUGUUGAAGAUGUCCUCAAGAUGAAAGAAGGUGAAUAUCUUUUCAUCCACAGCGGAGAAGGAGCUAUAAUUCCAGCAGCCAUGAAAGAAAUUUUUGGGAAAAGAGGUGUUAGAGGAAGGCGGCACACAUUGCCCGCUGGUUUGGAAGGCGGAGCAGCCAGCGAUAUCGAGGAAUUCCGUCGUUCCCUCAAAAUUAAGAUGCUGAGCGAAAUCAAAAAUCCUCCCCCAGAACCUUCAGAACCUCCUCCUGUUACUGAAGUUUUCGAUAAAAUGCAGGAAGAAGUCGAAGUUUUGAAAGACAUACGUAAAUCCAGGCCCAAGAGACCGGGUAAGCAUGGCCACAAAGCAGAGGAAAUCAUCAAAAAACGAAUCAAAACAGAUGAAAGGUUGAAGGAAAUGACUCAAAAAGAAAACAUUCUUCAUGAAUCAAAAGAAGAGGACGUACCUCCGGUGAAACUGAGUCGCUUGGAGAAAUAUAAAAUGCAGUUUAGUGCCUUCGAAUCUAAUAACUCGAAUAACGAAUCAGGUAAUAGGCUUACCUUAGUCGGUACUUUUGACAUAAAUGAUGUUGUAGAAUUGGAUUUCGGAGAGCCACUGAGUAUGGAAGUCACUGAUAUUCAGCCAGGUAAAAUGGCCACUGCCAUUAUAUCUGAUAUUGGUGAUUCUUCCCAUCUAUCUUCACAAACUGCAUCACUUUCAGAAACAUUGGACUCAGCCGAAGGAAAAAAUUAUUUCAAAACAGGAAAUGUUUCCAAAUUAGUAAUUGAGAAUUGUGAGUCAUCAAAUGGUGAUAAAUCUGAUAUUCACAACGGGUGUCAAUUGAUGCGUGUUGAAAGCGACAGAACUAACUAUAAUUUCGAAGAUGUGGCUCAUUCGAUGUCGAAUUCAUUAAGGAAUGAAAUGUCUUCAUUCCAGUGCCAGCUGGACAAUAAAGAUCAUCUGCUUGAGAAAGAAGACAAAAUUAUCGUGAACGAGGAGGAAGAAACAGAAACAAUGCAAUUACAAAGAAACGAUUGUUCACAAGCGACUAAAAAUUUUACUUCGGAAUACUUAAACGGGAAAUUAGAUUCAGUUUUCCAUUGUGAUUUAAAUAGGGAGAAGGAAGUUUAUUCCCUGAAUAGGGAAGGUGAACAACAUGUGAUUCUGACGAAAGAUCGCGAGACGCUUUCAAAUGGAUUGCAGCAUGAAAAGAUGGAAAUCGAUGAACUUGAAGAAAAGGAACAUUCGUUUGUAAAGAAAAUAGAUCAUGUAGAAAAGCAAGUUUUUGGCGAUGGAAAUACUAAUAUUAAUGAGCUUCUGACACAAGAGAUUAUUACUCCUAAAAAAUUAAGCCACAUUCCUCAGUCUGGUUUUUCAAAAAACCUAAUGGAUGAGUUGAAAUCUAAAUUAAAAAAGAAGGCUGUACAAACUGAAGAUGAUACUUCUAUUUCUUCUAAUCUGAAAGACUCUUCGCCUUCUGAAAUUCUGGCUGAUAGUUGUGCAAAGGAAACAAUGAAUGACACAAAUUUUAAAAAAUCAUCUGGUAUAAAGCAGAUUCAACCUGUUGCAAAAAGAAAUUUAUCGACUGCUGAUGAAAAUUCAUCAUUUCAGACUGAUAAUGUUUCAAAAAUGAAAAAGACCGACGAAAAAGCGAGAGGCGAAGAUUUCGACUGUCAUAAAAAUGGUACACUGCAGCAAAAUAGAAUUGUUGGGGAACAAAUUAGUUUCACGUCUGAAAAUGGAAAAACAGCGAAUGAACUUGUUGAGAAACCAUGCGCGAAGAAAAUAAAGUUAGACGAUGAUAUAAUUGAAGCAAAAUUGAGUCAAAUGGCACCUCAAAUAAAACAAUCAUUGAUUGAAGACGUGACUUUGAGUGAAAAUUCCGACAAUGUUUACUUUUACUCCAAUGGUGUUUCUGAGAUGCAUGAAAAAGAGAUUUCAUUAAAUGGAGAAGAUUCAAAAAAUUCUAAGAAUGUUGAGAUGAAUGGACAUUUAACUUCUUUUAUAAGUAAGGUAAACUAUGGUGCAAAUGGAUUUGAAUCCUUCACAAAGGUAGAAGGUUCAGAAACACGGUCUUUGAAAUUCGGAGACGAAGACCGAGCUUGUGAUAGUGAAAUUUACUCAAAUCACGUUGAUAAGACCGAAAUGAGCACACUAUUUGGAGCGAGUGAUUCAAAAACCUCAUCAGUGGGAAAUGUGAGUAAAGCGUCCGUUAUUGAGAAAAUUAAUAGUGAUCAUAUAAAACCUAUCGAAACAUCGAGUGAGGUUCAUUAUAACUUGAAAGAGGAUCAUUGUAACGAACAAAUUGAUUCUGUUACUCAUUUAACCUCGAAUUUUUCUAUUUUUCAAAGCAAAAACGAAGCAGUAACAUUGAAUAAUGAAAUUUCAAAUAGUUUUUCCUCCGAAGUAAACAAUUUAAGCAAUAAUUUUACCGAUUUAAAUCACUCUAUCCAAAACAAAAGAGAGACAGUCAUUAAGAUGUUAUCAGAUGAGGAAAACAAAAAUCAUGGAUUUUCAAAUUCUGAAAUCGAAUUUAAUUCUCAAACCGAAACUAUCAUGUCUGUCGACUCCCCAGAUCCAUUUCCGAGAACAUUCAAUGAAUCUGCUGUAGUGAAACCUCGAAUUAGUCCAAUUCAACUACCUGUUGCAAACACAUCUGCGAGCCAAGAACCUGCCGGCGAAAAUAUUCUUGCCGACACUACUGCUGACAGGAACGUGGAUGCGGAGACGAGGAUUACAUCAGGUGGCACCGAAGGAAAUGAAAAACAAUGUCAGGGUAUCGAUGUAUACGUGGCCAUCAUGGAUUUCAAGCCGAUGGGAAGCGACGAAGAAGCCGUCUCUAUGAAAGAGGGGCAAAGAGUGGAAGUCAUCGACGCGUCCAAACCCAGGAGGUGGUUAGUGCGCACUAUUCCAAUGAGUGAGGAAGAAUCUCCCCAGGAAGGCUGGGUGCCCGCUUGCUACCUGGAGAAGUCGACCGCCUUCGACACUCUGAGUAGUUACGUGGUGACAGAAGCUGAGAUGGACCCCAAGGAACUGGAAGCCUUGCAGAACAGAGAAGCCAUUGUGAAGGAGCUGGUGGAGACUGAAGAGGAUUUCGCCAAGGACAUGCAGUUUGUAGUGGAGAAUUACUACAAGCAGAUGGAAAAUCCUCGCCUGCCGAAGGAGUUCAGGGACAGGAAAGGGUCUGUAUUUGGUAACUUCAAAGACAUCUGCGAUUUCCACAACAAUGUUCUCAUGAAAGGUGUCAAUUACCAUUCGAAGGAACCAACAAAAUUAGGGAAAACAUUCUUAAGAUUGGAGCGCGAUUUUGACAUGCACGCUAAUUACUGCUGGAACGAGGCGAGGGCCCAGAGACUGCUACAGGAGGGAUCACUCAGGGACUUCUUUGACGAUCACAGCAAGAUGAUAGACGACGACAAGCUACUCACGGACCAUUUGAAAUUACCCAUUCAGCGUCUCAAUGAUUAUCAGUUGUUGCUCAAGGAGCUCAUCAAAUACUCGACUCGCUUGGGCGAAGACACCGCCGACUUGCAGAAGGCAUUGGACUUCAUCCACAGCAUUAAUACUAGGACCAAAGAUCUCCAGUACAUCCAAGUUAUAGAAGGGUGCAAGGGAGAUCUACUUAAGAUUGGACGCAUCCUCAAGCACGAGAUGUUCGAUGUGUACGAAGGAAAUGAAGUGUCCGCCUCUGAGAGGUACGUUUUCCUCUUUAAAGGUCGGCUUUUCGUCACGGAAAAACGCUGCACCAGCGACAAGGAGACCUACCACGUCACCAAUCUCUUCAGGCUGCAAGAUGUGGACAUGAUCGAGAAUGUGGAAGGCGAUCCGCUGAAAAUCGUGUUCAAAUCACAUAAGAAGAGCCGCCCCGGCUUCCCGUUGUCCCUCAGAGCUAGGAGCCCCGAGCAGAAGAGCGCUUGGAUCAAAGAACUGCAUGCCGCAAAUCAAGUUGUUGAAGAUUUAGGCGAUCUUGAACCAAGGAUAGAGCAUCCACUUGUUGCCUCAAACGAACAAUUAAGUGAAGAAACAAACGAUGUUAUCGAGCAAGCGCUAGAAGAAAACGCUAUAUUGAAAAGGCAAGAAUCUAUUAAAAAAUCAAAGCGAAAACCAAGUGAUUCGUCUCCUCCUGAAACCCCAACAGAAAUCCUUGAAAAACCUCCGAAACUUUUGAGGCAAGACUCGAAGAAAGCGAAAUCUUCUGACAAUUCUGCACCUGACACACCAACAGAAGUUCAUGAUAAACGUCCAAAACUUCUAAGACAAGACUCGAAGAAAUCAAAGGCUUCUGAUAUUUCUGCACCAGAAACUCCUGUUGAUAGCACUGAGAAGCCACCCCCGCUUUCCAGGCAAGAAUCUAAGAAAUCAAAGGCUUCUGACACUUCUGCGCCAGCAACACCUAUUGAGAGUACUGAGAAGCCACCUCCAUUGUCCAGACAAGAGUCUAAGAAAUCAAAGGCUUCCGACACUUCUGCACCAGCAACUCCUGUUGAGAGUACUGAGAAGCCACCUCCAUUGUCCAGACAAGAGUCUAAGAAAUCAAAGGCUUCUGACACUUCUGCACCAGCAACACCUGUUGAGAGUACUGAGAAGCCACCUCCAUUAUCCAGGCAAGAGUCUAAAAAAUCAAAGGCUUCUGAUACUUCUGCACCAGCAACUCCUGUUGAGAGUACUGAAAAGCCACCUCCAUUAUCCAGACAAGAUUCAAAGAAAUCGAAAACCUCUGAUUCUUCAGCUGAAACAGCUCCCGCUUUAACCAGACAGGACUCUGUCAAGAGGAAGCAGAAAAAGCAAUCUAUAACAGAGAAAGAAGCUGAUAAAAUCGUUCACAUCGCUGAGCAGGAAGAAAUCACAUCCGAGAAGCAGCAGGAAUCGCUUGGUGAGAAGACUGUAGAGAAGACAAAACUUGGAAGGCAGGACUCCUUGAGCAAGAAGGAGACCGAGGACAAGAAGAAAUCCCAACAAGGUGAGGAAACGUGUGCUGUACCAACCAUUAUCAUGUCUGAGGAUGCUUCAGGUUCUGAAGCUAGAAUGGAGAGUCUCGAGUUUGGCGAGGACAGCGCAACGCUAGCUAGUGAGAGUCUCCGCUCGAAUAGUGUGACACCCCCGGGAAGUGAUUUCGAUCCAAUGGAUAAGCCCCGUUUUUCUAAGACUCUCCGAGGAGUAACAUGCAACCUGGGCGAGACCGCUGUCCUUGAAUGCGAGACGGAGGGCAGUCCGGUGCCCAGCGUCACCUGGCUCCGAGAUAACCAGAAGAUAGAAAAGUCCGAGCGUCUGGAAACUUCCUCCGUGGGUCAGAAGCACACCCUCACUCUCAAGGAUGCUUGUCCAGACGACGGAGGGCUCUACACUGUCGUCGCCACCAGCUCCAAGGGGCAGGCGUCUUGCAGCGCGCCACUCAAUCUCAAGCUCUCUCUUCUAGGUCUACCGAAGGAAGAUUCUCGUCCUACCACCCCCGGUGGCACGGUGCUACCUCAUGCCCCCGUUUUCAAGGUGAAGCUGAACAAAGAGACUCAGCUUCUGGAAGGAACAAGCGUCCGAUUCGAAUUGGUGGUUAGAGGAAAUCCUGAGCCGGAAGUCAAAUUUUUAAAAGAUGGCAAACAGCUGAAGCUCGACGACCGCGUGCGUGUGGUGUACGAGAGUAAGGAGGUAUUCGAACUCAUCCUCGAACACGUGGUGGCCAAAGACGCUGGUACCUACACUAUCAUCGCCACUAACAUAGAGGGAGAAGAUAAGACCGUCGGAAACCUGAGCGUCGUCAAGCACAAAGACGUGUUCAAAGGUUUGGAGUUAGAAGAAGUAGAAAGAGAACCCACACCUCGGCCUAAAACACCCAAAUUUAGAUGGUUUAAGAACGGCGAGUAUUUCGAAGCCAAUGAACGCUUCCAGGUGAUCUUCAACGAGGAGGAGGACAGCCUCGCCCUCAUGUUCCAGCACGUCACCCCGGAAGACGCCGGCCUCUAUACAUGCGUCGCUAGCACUAGCUCGGGCAGCAAGAUUGCUUGCAGCGCCGAACUCACAGUGCAAGGCGUGAUCAGACAAGUGGAAGCGCCUUCGAUCAAGGCCCAUCUUUCGGAUGCUGAAGCGACCGAAGGCGGAUCGGCGAUGUUGGAACUCAAAAUCACGGGAUACCCGAAACCGAAAGUAACCUGGUUCCACGGGGGGAAGGAGGUGUCGACGGGAGGCCGAAUCCGCUUCCUGUUUGCCGACGACGAGACUUUUACGUUGGUCAUCAAAAAUGUGAAGAAAGAUGACGGCGGCAAGUACAGCGUCAAAGCGGCCAACGAGAUGGGAGAGGCAGAAUCCACCUGCAACCUCACUGUUCACUCUGCUCCAUCCUUUUUGAAAGGACUGAAGGACAUGUCCGUCAUGGCCGAUGAGCUUCUCAAAUUUGAAGUUGAAAUAGAUGGAAAUCCUGCCCCAGAGGUCAAAUGGUACAAAGAUGGAAAACCCCUCGUGAAUGGUGACAGAGUCAAAAUCGUAGGCAAAGCAGGAAAACAGUCUUUGGAGAUCGCCAAUUGCAAACCUACAGAUUCCGGCAGUUAUUCGUGUGUUAUCACCAAUGACCUCGGAAACCAGGCGGAAUUCAGCAAUGUUGUAGUCAAAGCAUCGCCCACUUUUACGAAAGGCAUGGAGAACGUGGAAGGCUUGGAGGGAGACACUCUCAAAUUCAAUGUAGAGAUCAAUGGAAAUCCCAAACCUACAAUCAAAUGGCUGAAGGACGGCAAAGAGUUGACCAUCGAUGGUCAGCGAAUCAAAGUGACAGAAGAGGAGAACAAUUCAUACACUCUGACCAUUCAGAAAGUGACAGCCGCUGAUGUUAGAGCUUACACGUGCGAAAUAAGGAACGAGCACGGCCUGAAGGCGAGCUCGGGAAAUCUCAAUGUUAAAAUGAAACCGGAGUUCAUCAAAAAGUUAUCUGAUAUGGAAGCCAACGAAGGUGAUUUGGGCCUGAUUAUGACUACAACUAUUAAAGGCUAUCCACCUCCAAGUGUAAAAUGGUACCAGGGCGAGAACAGCUUGGAAAACGAUAAGUCUUAUAUCAUCACGUCGGAAAAUAGCAGUCACAGCUUGAAGGUGAAGAAGCUGAAGAGAUCCAAUGCUGGAAAAUAUACAUGCGAGGCUACAAAUGAAAUGGGACAAGCUUCUACGAGCGGAAUUCUUAGCGUGAAUGUGCUGGUGAAGAAACCCGAAAUCGAACAAGAAUUGAAGCCUACACAGUUAGUUGAGGGAAAGCCCGGAAAACUGGUGGCUAAAGUAUCUGGGGAACCCAAACCAAAGGUUGAAUGGUUGAAGGACGGCAAACCGAUCGCUCUGAACGGGCGCUUCUCCAUGGAGGAAGCUGAAGACGGUACAGUCUGUUUGCUUAUCAGCAACGUCACCCCCAACGACGCCGGUCUCUACUCUCUGGUGGUCAGCAACGAUGAAGGAGAAGCCACGUCCCAAGCACCUGUUUCCACGAUUCCACCUGGUAAAAAGCCCGAGUUUAUCAAAGAAUUGGAAAAAGUGGAACUUCUGGAAGGACAGCCUCUGCGCCUGGAAGCGAAGGUUACGGGCAAGCCGACGUCCAUCAAAUGGCAAAAAGACGGUGAAGAUCUAGCGGACGAUGGGCGUAUUCAACUGAAGGAAUUGCCGGACGGAACCAUAAGUCUGACCAUUGAUAAAGCGAAUCAGAGCGAUGCCGGGAAGUAUACGGUGAUCGCUUCCAAUGCAGAGGGCAAAGCUCGAAGUGCUGCAUUAGUACAAGUGCAAGAAAUCAAGAAACCUGAAAUUGAAGGCAUGUUAGAACCGCUGACCAUCAAAGACGGUGAGACUGGCGAAUUGAAAGUCAAAGCGUCCGGUAUUCCAAAACCUACUGUUACAUGGCUGAAAGAUGGCAAAGUGCUGCGACCGACAAACCGUGUGGAGUCCAUCGAAGAACCCGACGGUACGCACGCUCUCGUCAUCAAGAAUGCCAGGCCGGAAGACGCAGGACAAUAUUCUGUCCUCGUGCAAAAUCCUCUGGGGGAGGCCAAGAGUGCAGCACCCGUUGUAAUUGAACAGGCUCCUACAUUCCAGAAACCCCUGGAGCCUGUGAAUGUUGUCGAAGGCUACCCUGCCAAGCUGGAAGCAAAACUGGCAGGUUCCCCUCCUCCAGAAAUUAAAUGGUUGAAAGAUGGCAAAGAGAUCAUUCCUGAUAACAUUCACAUCCGCGAAGUCCGUAGCCCAGACGGCACGGUCGCGCUGCUCAUCGACGACUGCAAGCCGGAGGAUGCCGCUAAGUAUUCCCUCGUCGCCAAAAACCCGCACGGAGAAAAUUCCAGCAGUAGCAAACUUGGAGUAUCUGGCAAAGACUCUGAUGCUCCUCCUUCAAAGCCUUGCUUCGUGACACCUCUCCCUAAUCUCACCGUGAAGGAAGGAGAGCCCAUUCGAUUUGAGGCCGAGAUUUCCGGAAAUCCCUUGCCGGACAUUAGCUGGACGGUCAACGACAGGCCUCUCACUCCCGCCGACAACACCCUCAUCACCUUCGACGGAGAAAAGGCCAUUUUGGAAAUCAGAAGUUCCACGCCCGACCACAUCGGAACUUACCAAUGCAAACUGUCCAAUCCUCUCGGAGAAGCCAAUAGCGAGGGCUCUGUUUCUGUGCAAGAAAAGACUGCGCCGCAUUUCAUACAGAGGUUGAACGAUUUCAACGGCUUCAUCAAUCAGCCCCUGAGACUGAGUUGUAAAGUGACGGGAUAUCCGGAACCCGAGGUGGACUGGUACUUCAACGGGGACCUCAUCUCAACAGCCAAUCCCAAGUAUCACCUGAGCAAGCUGGGAGAGAUGCACAGCCUCACCAUCCCGAGCUGUGCGAUGGAAGACAACGGGGUGUACGAGUGCAAGGCGAAGAACCUCGUCGGAGAAGACCACACACGUGCGGCAGUUAAUAUUAGUGACAAAGUGGAAAAGGGCGAACCUCCUUUCUUCCUGAAGAAGAUUGGGGACAAUGAAGUGAUGGAGGGCAUGACUGCGAAAUUCACCGCUUGCAUCACUGGUUCCCCCACACCCGAUGUUGCUUGGUUCAAAGACGGCCAACCCCUAGAACCCUCUGCCAGACACAAGAUGGAAUUAGAAUCAACUGGCAUCCUCCGCCUCAUCGUUCGCGAAGUAGAAGAAGGAGACUAUGGCGAAUACAGCGUCACCCUCACCAACUGUCACGGUAGCGCCACCUGCAGUGCCAAGUUGUGCCCGGACAGUUUGGAUCCGAAGUAUUUGACUCCGAUUGGGGAUCAGUUUGUGGAUUUUGAUAAAUUCAAGAAAACAGGUAUACCUGUUCCUCUGUCCGAAAAACCCAGGAUUAUUCGAAUGGACGAUACUUCUCUCACACUUGGUUGGAAACCAUCCGUGCCAACUUGUCCACGAGUUCCGGUCACUUACCAGCUGGAGAUGGCCAAGCAUCCCGACGGAGAGUGGACCCCUUACAAAACAGGUCUGAAAGACACGUUGUGCGACGUACGCGAUCUGAGGCCAGGUCAAGACUAUAAGUUCCAGAUCCGUGUGGAGAACAAGCACGGUGUAAGUGAUCCUAGCCCCUAUGUGACAGCUCAUAGGAGUAAGAUCUACGAACCACCGGUUCCAGCCGAUUUCAAGCCCAGAGACUAUGAACUGGAACAUCCACCAUUUCCUAGAUUAGCUGCUGCUCCACAGUUUGUUCGCAGAGAAGAAGAUGUGAUGUAUGGUGUCCGUGGUCACCCUGUCACCAUCGAAUUCUGGGUCUAUGGCCAACCGGAACCAAAGAUCACAUGGUUCAAAGAUGAUUCCCAGAUCGGCAAAGACAAAUUUGAUUACCUACAAGACCGCAAUGGCAAACUGUGCCUCUUCAUCGGCUGCAUGAAUGAUGAUUUUGUGGGCACAUAUACCUGCCUGGCCGUCAAUGAUGAGGGGGAAGCUACCAUGGCGAUCAAACUCCGUAUAGCAGAACCUCCCGUAUUUCUGGAGCGUCUGGACGAAACAACCGCCAUGUCUCGUCGCAGCGCGCGCAUGCAGUGCCGCGUCACUGGUCUUCCCUAUCCCAAGAUCAAGUGGUUCCGUGACUGGCACCCUCUUUACGAGUCCGAAAGGAUCAAAAUCCUGUGGGAAGAACCGGAUAAAUGCACCCUCUUUAUCAGCAACCUCAUCACUCGAGACAAUGCUCUUUAUUCUUGCACCGCAACUAAUAUCGCCGGAACAGCCACGUCGUCGGCAAGCCUCAAUGUUGAAGAUUCCGAAGACAUGUUCGAUUACAAGACUUACUGCAGACCCAUUCCUGUCAGACCUCGCACCAAACUGUUCGAGGACUUCUUCGACAUUGGGGAUGAACUGGGAAGGGGCACACAGGCCAUCACCUAUCACGCUGUGAAGCGCGAUACGGGCGAACCGUACGCCGCCAAGGCGAUGCACGGUAAGGGUAAACUGAAGGAGUUCAUGAAGGCCGAGAUGGACAUUAUGAAUCAACUUUGUCACCCGAAACUGGUGCGCCUCAGGGACGCCUUCGAAACCAAAGACUCUCUCACUCUCAUCACAGACAUAUGUGGCGGUGGAGAAUUGCUGAAUAACAUCAUAAAACGGGGUGGAGUGACAGAAAGAGAUGUUGCUAACUACAUGAAACAAAUCCUGGAAGGACUGGAUUAUAUGCACAGUCGUUAUGUCGGUCAUCUUGGCCUGACGAUCGGUGAUGUGAUGAUGGCCCGAGUGAAUGGCGACGACAUCCGAUUUGGCGACUUCAGUCUUGCAACUCGUCUCCUACCCGGAAAAGAUUACUUUUUGGAGUAUGGACAUCCGGAAUUCGUUGCUCCUGAAAUCGCCAACAAACAACCAGCCACUUGUCUCUCGGAUAUGUGGAGUGUCGGUGUCAUAACCUACCUCUUGCUGAGUGGCAUCUCCCCUUUCCUGGGCGAACACGACCGAGAGACCCUGACACGAGUGCAGCAGGGGAAGAUCAACUUCGUUGAAGACGCCUUCACAGGGGUCAGCGACGACGCCAAGGACUUUAUGUCCAAGCUGCUUGUCUUCGAUCCCAAAGGCCGCAUGGAUGUGAAAGGUGCUUUGCAGCAUAGGUGGAUCAAAUAUUACUCGGACAAGCCAAGAGCCAGUGAAAAGCUCCUACACAAUCUGGAUAGAUUAAAGGACUACCAGAAAAAGUGGAGAGAAUGGUACGCCAACGCCUCGUGUAAGCGAUUUUUCCGACGCCGAACUCUCGAAUCGUGCUUCCACCACCCAAGCAAGAUGAUCUAUCCUCCAGGAGAGUGCUACACCCCUUCCAGCAGCCCGGAGCCUAUGGAACUGGAGAGGACCCACGUAAAGCCUUCGCACUUCGACGACGUCACCUUCAAGCAGAAGAUCAACAGGGAAGACAUCGAUUUCCGAUCGGAGAGCAGCUACCAGAAUGGUCCCGACACCUACCUCCUUCAGCUGCGUGACACCGACUUUCCCCUGCGCCUUCGACAGUACUUGAGAGUGGGCGCUUCCAUCAGUCCCAGCCUCAAUACCAGUCUCAGAGAUAAACAUUGGGGCGACAGUCCGCUGGUGAUUCGUGAACGUCGUAAAUUUGUCGACGUAAUGGACGAAGAAAUCGAUGACGAACGGAAAGGACUGACAAAAAGCACGGUACCCCGCCGCUUGUACCACGAGAUCGGCACCCUCGGAUUUGCUCGGGAGCAGAUGGAGCAGCUCAAGAAGGAGGUCUGGAAAGACAAGGGGUCCAGGGAGAUCGAAAUAGGCAUGGCUCCUUUCUUCCGCGAGAAGAUACGCAACACCUCAAUGAAGGAGAACGACGAAGUGGUUUUCACGGCUUAUGCCGUGGGAACACCCAAAGUGAACUAUACUUGGUUCCGAAAUGAUGGCAUUCUGCUGGAGAGCAAAAGAAUAGUGGUGACUGAACUGAAAGAUGGUCGCUGCGAACUGAGGAUCAACCCCACUAGGGCCUACGACGCCGGAGUAUACAAAUGCGUUGCUCGAAACAUGCACGGUGUGACCUGUUGCAGGGCGAGACUAAAACUCGGAAGCAAACCCGGACGACCUGAGAAACCUGUUGCGAGGGAUGCAUCUGAUACCGAAAUAUAUAUCACGUGGGCAGUGCCGAGGGACGAAGGGAAUUGCACGACCUUGGGAUAUGCUCUGGAAUACAAGAAAGCAGAUGAGACUGACUGGAAGUUGAUUCUAAACAACAUCGAACACGAGUACUUUGUGGUUCGAAAUCUCGAACCUUCCACAUUCUAUCAAUUCAGAGUACAAGCUUAUAACAAAUUCGGUUGGGGCGAACAUGGAGUACCCACGGAACCUAUUUCGACGAAAGCAGAAGGUGCUCCCAAAGUGAAGGUGAGCUCCAGGAGAAAGUACCAGCAAGAGUUUACGGAAAGAACACCCGACUACGAGCUGCAUGAAUUUGAGAUUCCAGUCCUGGAUUACAGUCAGGAGACAAAUCCUGUGCCUUUAGUGGAAAGUGAUCCUCUAGAACUGUACAGAAUAGUUUCUGAAAUGGACAGGGGUAGGUUUUCUUGCGUGCUCAACGUGUGGGUGAAGGAAUCGAACACCUCGGCCAUCGCUAAGGUCAUUCAAAAGUCAAAAGGUAUCGAUGGUAGACAAGAGUACGAAGUUAUGAAGUCUCUGGUCCACGAGCGCAUCGUGUCCCUGUUAUCUUCCAGUUACCAUCAGGACAAGACUGUCCUCAUCAUGGAGAAACUCUCUGGGGUGGACGUUAUGUCUUACCUUGCUCUGAGGCACGACUACAACGAAGAGCUGGUGGUCACCAUCAUCAGACAGGUCCUAGACGCACUAGAAUACCUUCACUUUAGAGAAAUCUGUUACAUCGAACUACAGCCUGAUAACGUCGUAAUGGUCAAUCUCAGAGAUUCCGACAUCAAACUGGUGGACUUCGGGUGCGCUCGCUUCGUUCCAAAAUCCGGAGCCAAGGUGCUAGUGGAAGGUGGCACGCCGGAAUACCUAGCUCCUGAAGUUCUGAAGAAUGAAGAACUUUCUUCGUUCACGGACGUGUGGUGCGUCGGUGUCCUAACGUACAUUCUACUGAGUGGCGUCUCUCCGUUCGCCGGCAAAGACGAAGAAGACACCAUCAACAACGUGAAGUACGUUCGCUAUCACUUCGACAACAUGCUGCCGGACACAACGUCUGAGGUGACCCGUUUCCUUCUCAACAUAUUCAAGCAGUGCCCGAUCAAACGGCUGACGAUAGAGGAAUGCCUAGAGCAUAAGUGGCUCGCUCCCUCCGAGUACAUGAUCAUGAAGAGGGAAAGCGCCCGCUUCCUGCCGGACAAACUGACCGCCUUCGCCAAGAAAUUUCACGCCGCCAAGUACGAGGCCAUGGAUCCGGAGAUGCUCACCUCCUUGGGGAUGUCCUCUUCAAAAACUGAAAUGAAGGUGGAUGAUUUCUUAUAAUGGGUUGGAAACUGCUAACAAGUGUCAGUGAUUGCAAGCAAGGAACAAGCAAGCAGAGGAUGAAAAUGGACAAUUUUAAGACUAUAUAUUGAAUGAAAAAUUUAAUUUGAAACCUGUUUUUCCUUGCAUCUUCGCAGUAUGAAAUUGCAUGAAUUGUGAAUACAAGAAUAAAUUGUUUAUAGGUCCAGGA